CCUACGCCAAUCACUCACUCAAUAGCCCACUCCACUCAAAAACAAAAUGGGAGAAGCCGGAGGAGGCAAGAGAUGGAACUUUGGGGCCAACGAGGUCGUUGAGCUCUCUUGUUCCCAGUACGUCCGCUAUUAUAUGAACGUCCUCGCUGAUAACCUCGACCCCACUGACAACAGACCUGUCAUCCCUCUUGCACACGGCGAUCCCGCUCCCUUCCCCUCCUUCCGUACCGAUCCAGCCGCAGUGGAAGCCAUCUCCGAUGCUCUUCAUUCGGGGCAGUUUAACCAUUAUGCUAACACUUCUGGUCUUCCUAUCGCUAGGAAGGCUGUUGCGGAGCACCUCUCCCUGGGUCUCUCUUACCAGAUCAGUCCAGAUGAUGUUCAUCUGACAGCUGGUGGUCAUAACGCCAUCGAUGUCUUGAUCUCCACGCUGGCGGUUCCAGGCGCCAACAUUCUGCUGCCUAGGCCAAGUUACCCCAUGUACAAUGCCCGAGCAGGUUUCAGCAAGCUUGAGAUCCGUAGCUAUGACCUCCUUCCAGAGAAAGGUUGGGAGGUCGAUCUUGAUGUGGUCGAAGCUCUUGCAGAUGACAAAACCGUUGCUAUAGUUGUUGUCACCCCUUGCAAUCCAUGCGGAAACGUUUUCUCCCGUCAACAUCUUCAAAAGAUUGCAGAAACUGCUAGCAAACUUGGAAUACUUGUGAUCGCAGACGAAGUCUACAGGAAUAUAACUUUUGGGGAGACCCCAUUUGUGUCCAUGGCUGAGUUUGCAGAUAUCGUGCCAGUGAUGUUGUUAGGUUCAAUAUCAAAGAGGUGGCUCGUCCCUGGCUGGAGAUUUGGAUGGAUGGUCACCGUUGACCCUCAUAACAUCAUGAAAGACUCUGGGCUUGUUCAUAGUCUUGUCAACGUCCUCAACAUGUCGAUAGAUCCCGUAACGUUUAUUCAGGGGGCAAUGCCUGAUAUCCUUGAGAAGACAAAAGAGGAAUUCUUCUCAGGGAAAAUGGAAAUACUAAGAGAAUGUGCAGAGACUUGUUACGAGGAGAUAAAGAAGAUCCCUUGCAUGAGUUGCCCUUACAAACCAGAGGCGUCAAUGUUCACUAUGGUGAAGUUAGAGCCAUCGGUUCUUGAAGAUAUAAAGGAUGAUUUGGAAUUCUGCUGCAAGUUGGCUAAAGAGGAAUCGUUGAUGAUCCUACCAGGCCGAUCUGUGGGGUUUAAGAAUUGGCUACGCAUCACCUUUGCGGUGGAGCCAGCGCUCCUAAAAGAUGGGCUUUCCAGGCUAAACAAGUUUGCACAGAGACACUCCAAGAAGAAGCUGCAGCCAUGAGAAUCUCUCUCUCUCAUUCUUCUCCACACCCCCAAGCAAAUCAAUGUGUGACAUUGUUUUUAAAAAAAAAAAACAUUGUUGGUGUUUGUAAUAAAACUUGUAUUUUUAAAUAUAUGUUGUACUGUUUGUAGUGACUCUUGUCACGAGCCCAAGUUGCUGAUUCGAAUGAAAGGAAUCUUUUUUUUAAGGAAAACAAA